UGUUUCUAUAUCAUUUCAGAAUCUCAGACGUCUGUUGCAUGAAUGGAUUUUUACUAAAGAUACAUCAUGAAUAUUAAUAAUCUUUGAAAGAAUAAUGGAAGGUGUUUACAUAAUAUAAAUAUGAUGAAUAACUGAAAUACUUUGUUCUGAACUGAGAUUGAUAGCAAUAUUUCUUUUUCUCACUCUCUGGAAUAUUUACACAAGUAUUUCAUAUUCUAAUUGAACAAGGAUAUAUUUACAAGGAAGUCUGUAAUCUUCAGAUACUGACUAAGUCACUGCAAAUAUAUAAAAAAAUAAACACAAGACAAAUAUAUAUUUAUUGUGGUAGUAUCAGAAACAUAUAGAGCAAUGAGUUAUGUGAGAAAUAUAAAGGAUGGUUUGUUUUGUGAAGAGAUGACGAAAAAAAGCGAAAAAUUAUCAUAUCAUUGUGAUAUCUGCAAAAAGUUUUUCUCUUCGAGAGGGAACCUAACCUCUCAUAAAUGCAUUUCUACUCGAGAGAAACCAUACUGCUGUGAUAUAUGUGGUAAGCCAUUCACUCUAAAGAGUAACUUAAUUAGACAUAAAUACAUUCAUACAGGUGAGAAACCAUACCACUGUGAUGUCUGUGGUAAGUCAUUCUCUCAGAAAGGUAGUUUAACUACUCACACACGUAUUCAUACAGGUGAGAAACCAUAUCAAUGUGAUAUCUGUGGUGGGUCAUUCACUACAAAUGAUAUCAUGAUUAUUCACAAGCGUGUUCAUACCGGAGAAAAACCAUAUCACUGUGAUAUAUGUGGUAAAAAAUUUGCUCGGGCAAGUAAUUUCAUUCAACAUGAACGUGUUCACACAGGAGAGAAACCCCAUCAUUGUGAUAUAUGUGGUAAAUCAUUGUCUACCAGAAAUAGUUUGGCAAAUCACAAACGUAUUCACACAGGAGAGAAGCCACAUCACUGUGAUAUCUGUGGUAAAUCAUUCAGUGAAACUAGUCAUUUAACUCUGCACAAACGCAUUCAUACAGGAGAAAAAUCCUAUCUCUGUAAUAUUUGUGGUAAAACAUUCACUAAGAUGAAUGGUUUAAUUUAUCAUAAACGUCUUCAUACAGGUGAGAAACCACAUGACUGUGAUAUCUGUGGUAAGUCAUUUACAGCAAUUCAUGCCUUAAAAACUCAUAAACGCAUUCACACAGGAGAAAAACCAUAUCACUGUGAUGUCUGUGGUAAGUCAUUCUCUCAGAAAGGUAGUUUAACUACUCACACACGUAUUCAUACAGGUGAUAAGCCAUAUCACUGUGAGAUCUGUGGUAAAUCGUUCACUACUAAUGGUCUCUUGCUUGUUCACAAGUGCUUUCAGAAUGGAGAAAAACCGUAUCACUGUGAUAUAUGUGGUAAAAAAUUCUCUCAAACAAGUAAUUUAAUUCAACAUAAACGUGUUCACACAGGAGAGAAACCCCAUCAUUGUGAUAUAUGUGGUAAAUCAUUGUCUAGCAGAGAUAAUUUGGCAAAUCACAAACGUAUUCAUACAGGAGAGAAGCCAUAUUGCUGUGAUAUCUGUGGUAAAUCAUUCAGUGUAAGUCAUCACUUAACUAUGCACAAACGCAUUCAUACAGGAGAGAAACCUUAUCACUGUAAUAUUUGCAGUAAGUCAUUUUCUCGAAAGAGUAACUUAACUUCUCACAAAAGUAUGCAUACAGGUGAGAAACCAUAUCACUGUGAUGUCUGUGGUAUGUCGUUCUCUCACAAAGGUAGUUUAACUACUCACAAACACAUUCAUACAGGUGAGAAACCACAUCACUGUGAUGUCUGUGGUAUGUCAUUCUCUCAGAAAGGUAGUUUAACUACUCACAAACACAUUCAUACAGGUGAGAAACCAUAUCACUGUGAUAUCUGUGGUAAGUCAUUCUCUCAAAAAAGUAUCUUAACUACUCACAAACACAUUCAUACAGGUGAGAAACCACAUCACUGUGAUAUCUGUGGGAAAUCAUUUGCAGUAAUUAGUGUCUUAAUAGCUCAUAAACGCAUCCACACAGGAGAAAAACCAUACUGCUGUGAUAUAUGUGAUAAGUCAUUCACUGUAAGGAGUAGCUUUAUCAGACAUAGAUACGCCCACACAGGCGAGAAACCAUAUCACUGUGAUGUCUGUGGUAAGUCAUUCUCUCAGAAAAGUACUUUAACUACUCACACACGUAUUCAUACGGGUGAUAAGCCAUAUCACUGUGAUAUCUGUGGUAUAUCGUUCACUACUAAUGGUCUCUUGAUUGUUCACAAGUGCUUUCAGACUGGAGAAAAACCGUAUCACUGUGAUAUAUGUGGUAAAAAAUUCUCUCAAACUGGUAAUUUAAUUCGACAUAAACGUGUUCACACAGGAGAGAAACCCCAUCAUUGUGAUAUAUGUGGUAAAUCAUUGUCUAGCAGAAAUAAUUUGGUAAAUCACAAACGUAUUCAUACAGGAGAGAAGCCAUAUUGCUGUGAUAUCUGUGGUAAAUCAUUCAGUGUAAAUAAUCGUUUAAUUAGGCACAAGCGCAUUCAUACAGGAGAGAAGCCAUAUCACUGUAAUAUUUGUGGUAAAUCAUUCAAUGUAAGUCAUCACGUAACUAUACACAAACGCAUUCAUACAGGAGAGAAACCUUAUCACUGUGAUAUUUGUAGUAAGUCAUUUUCUCGAAAGAGUAACUUAACUUCUCACAAAAGUAUGCAUACAGGUGAGAAAUCAUAACACUGUGAUAUCUGUGGUAAAUCAUUUCAUCUAAACCAGGGGUUUUCAAACUUUUUGACUUGCGGACCCCUUUAUAUUUCAGGCUUUACCUUAGGGACCCCCUUAUAGUCGCUUAUGAAAUUUAUACAUAAAUAUUUGCUUAAAAUAACAUAUUUUUACAUUUGUUUACUUAACAAUAUUUAACAAAUAGGUUUAUUGUCAAUUAAAAGAUUUCGAUUAAAAAACAUAUAAAAUCAAAUUGCCCAUAAAAAGUAUUUGCUGUCCAUGGACCCCCUGUCUUGUCCUUGCGGACCACAGUUUGGAAACCCCUGGUCUAAACAACGUAUUAGCUACUCACAAACACAUUCAUACUGGUGAGAAACCACAUCUCUAAUAUCUGUGGUAAGUCAUUUUCUCAAAAAGAACACUUAACUACUCAAAAACUGCAAGAACUUUCAUGACCACCUCAUAAAAAUAAAGCAUAUAUACACACAUAUAUACACAUUGGAGUAUUCCAAUAGACCAUGAUCUUCUCUUUAUACUGUCCUUUUGUGCACCCCAACGGUUUUCCACCACGGUUUUAAGAUGCAAGAUUAUGUAUAUUUAUAUAUGUUUUUUAAUUUCAAUUAUGGUUGUAAAAUGAAACAGUUGUAGGUGAUGAUAUUAAUAAAUUAAUAAAAUAAUUUAUAUCCAAUA